AUGGCAACUGAGCCUAGCUUGGGAGUUAAAGUUGGUAUGUUCUUAUUUGAGGUGGUAGUGGAAAACGUUAAGAGUAUGGUGGAAAGUAGAAUAUUGGUUAUAAAAAGUGAUUUCGCCAAUAUAUUUUCACUGGAACUAAAGGAUCCGAAGCAAAUGCACAUAGUGAUGCCGGAACCAUUGCCGUUACCACCGGAGCCACCGGGAAAGAAAGGUAAGAAGAAAAAGGCCAAACCGAAAAAACCCAAAAAGGGCAAAAAGGGUAAGAAAGGGGCUAAAGUUGAGGAGCCGCCACCAGAACCCGCGAUACAGUCGGGACAGUCGGUGUUAUUCUCAAGCAGUCCAUCGAUAUUGAUCCAAAAUAUGAAGAAGUGCCCUCUCGAGCUGUCAUUAUGGAGCAAAGAAGAGAAUUUAGUGUUCAUUGGCAACACGAGCAUACCUUGGGACCCAGUAUUUUUAUUAUAUUUAGAAAAAAUCGCUGAUUGUCAGGAACCUCCUCCAGUAGUUGUGAAGGAUGAGUACAAUAUAUUCGAAGAAGGUAGGGCUAAACUAAUGGCGAAACUAUCAAUUCAAGUAAAAUUAUCAUUCCUUAAUGACAAGGUUACAACAGCAUUUAGAACUCUUUCAGAAGAUCCAACUUUUCGCAAAUGUCUUUAUACUGGAAUUAAUUCCAAAACUACAUCUUACAUGUGUACGUUGAAGACUACUGAUGAAGCAUUUGAAGAAAAUUGUAAUAAAAUAGAAAAUCAAUUUAUUGUAGACAAACCGAAAUCCACAAAGAUUGCGUUUGCUGACUACAAAAAUGCUCCUGGAGCCAAUCUCGCUUUCUUCGGUGAAGACGGUUAUUGUUGCAUGAAUCAUGCAGAUAAACCUCCUGAAUCGAUAUACAAAGCUCCCGAGACUUGUCCAGAUAUUGAUUUCAUCAUUGACUAUGUCAGGAAAAUUAUUGUAUCUUGCAAUGAUAACAUGAGGAUGCUAACACCUCGACCUACGAUAAGCCCGAGGGUGAAAGCUACAGAUAUUGAUAGGCUUUGUUAUUGCCGAGAGACAGCAUGGCCCAAGGGUGAAUUCGCUGAACGCUUCAAGAAAGAAGCCAAAAUGGGCCCCUGCCCACUUUGUAUGGAUGCUGGCGUAAAGACUGCAGGUAUUAGUGGCCCCGCCACUUUCGACAUCGCUAACAUCCGAGGUCCGUGUGGCAAACCAGAAUGCAAAAUUGCUAGAGAUAUAAGGGCUUAUAUAGAAAACCUCGUCGAUGAAGACAAUGAAGAAUUUAUGCUCGACGAUCUUAUUGGGCCCUGUGGUAGCAAAAACUGCACAUUAACUGCAAGAAUUCAAGACUUUCUACAACACGAAGGAGUGUUUUCUCACGGAGCGACAUUAGAAGGCAUGUCCACUCAAUGUGCUUGCGUUGAUAAAAUGAAAGAAGCACUUACUAAGAGAACUUCUUGUGCGUCUAUCUGUAGUAAAGAUUGCGAAGAUGCAUCGAGCGACUCGAAAAUAUGCGAAGGGAAGGGGUGCCCACAUAAAAAGCCAGAACAAAAAGUCUAUGAUGUUUACUAUUUCACAGUACAAUAUGAGUUUGAGAAUAAACCUGACACAUCACCUAGUGGCAGUGAAUCCGAUAGAAAGUCAAGUGGUAAGGAAUCUGAUGUUAAGUCAAAUAAAUCUGAUAAGUCGGAGAAACCCCCCAGCAAACACAAAUAUUGUGGUCCUGAAUGCCCAAGUGUAAAAGCAUCGGACACUAAAACAUCUUGCUCUAAAACGAAUUGCUCCACUGAUGCAAGUAAAUUGCACGAUGACGACUCUUCAAAGUGUGUGUCUCCAGUAUGUCCAAGCAGACAUGAGUACGAUCCAAGUCCUGCAGACAGCAACAUAGAAAUGCGGUUCGAUGAACUUUACAACCCGUGUUGUGUGAAAUCGUGCGACGUUAUAGAUAGAGUUAAAGAUUUUAUUGCUGAUGGAGUUAAAAGAAAAUCAAUUUGUCCCAAACCACCCGAUGAAGAGGACCCUUGUUAUUGUGAUUGUGUGUGUACUUUUAAAUUUUCGAGCAAAACGACCUAUUGUGCUGUCUGUGGGGGUUACGAGUGUCUUGGAGAUGAUAUGCGAGACCAGCCAGAAUAUAUUAAGCCUCAUCCUUGCCCAGUGUACCAUAAACUGUACGAUAAAAAGUACAUUGAUGUUCAAAGCCCCUGGCCGGAAGAUGAAGCUAAUGAAGGAAGUACAAAAACUGGAAGGAAUGUUGCAACUAGGAGAUCAGGGUCCACAAAAGGUGGGAAAGGACCAGUUGAUAAAAAGAGCUCACCAGAAAAGAAAGCCCCUGAGAAGAAAGACAGCGGUGAAGAUAAAACGAAGAAGUCUAAGAAAACUGACAACGCAGAAAGUAAAGACAACUCCAAGAAGAAGAAAAAGAAAGAUAGUGCCGAAGCCGAGCCGAAGAAGACCAAUUCUGAAAAGAAGAAAGUUGGAAAGUUUACCGCCUCAGCAGACAACGCGCAGGCAGCAGCACCUGGGAAAAAGGAUGAUUCGAAACCUAGCUACCACUAUCCCCCUGUUCCGCCUCAUAUGGGCUGGAGGUGGAACGCUGAAGACAUUCCGGGAAUGAAAUUUCGGCCAAAUUGGCGACCCGGAGCUGCCAAUGCGGUCCUGGUGAGGAGGUACAGGACGACAAGAGAAGGUACGGACAGCAUCAACAAGAAAAAGCGGGCUUUGUUGCAGCGCAAGAAAAAAAUCGAAAUGAAGCCUACAUUGAUCGUCACAAAGCAUGAUGGAGAAUACACCGUCCAAAUGGAAGUGUUCAAGAAAUUCUCUAAGGAGCGCCUUUUAUUCCAAUAUCCGUACGAUGAAAAACCGCCUCUGAUCUAUACAAUAGGAAAGACAGCAGAAGAGAAACGCAAAAUUCAGAGGCAGCGCGAUAGAAGAGAACGCAGGGAAACUAGAAGAAAGAGUAGACUGCUCCAGUCUACAUUCAGAGACAGGUGUCAAGAGAUUUGUUUGAAAGCUUAUAAUCAAGCGAUCGGGCUGCUGCCUUUGCCACACCCUAAUGCCCCUGAUUGUCCCUGCGCCGAGUCCAACGGCUCCCUCACUCCACCUAUUAUAGAUUCCUGUUCUUGUUCAGAUGUCGGUACUAUAUCGUCAAGCGAUACUGAUAACGAUGAGUGGAUUGUAGAGUUUACACCGCCCGCGGCAAGAUGGGAUGCAAAAGCAAAACAUCCACCAGUGUACGCUUCGAAUGAGACCCAGUACAAUUAUUUAGAUUAUAAAGUAAAAGUAUUAGAUAAGAGUGGUAACCAAGUGCCAAGAUUCUUCAAAGGUCCCGAUGGAAAACAGGAAUGCAGCGACUUAGGCGGAUUUUGGAGUCCAAAAAAGACUUGGUUGGAGAUCAAUAAGGACGGCUACAUAGGACCAGAUGAACGAUGGGUACCCAUGAACUUCAUAGGUCCUGACGGUUUGUACUAUUCAGCCGAGGAAGGGUCCUUUACAGACAAUUCUGGACAGUUAUGGAAAAUAGGUAUAGACGGAUAUAUAGAUAAGGAUGGUAAUUGGGCGUGGUAUAAUAAUAAUAAUAAGAAAAAAACAGUGAAAGGUACAAAAUCGAAGUCAAGCGUCACAGCUUCAACUGUCGAUGUGAAGAAAGGUGGCAAAUCUACCGAUGCGACGUCUAAAGGGAAAGAGAGUAAAAACAAAGGAGAUACAGCACCUGCCACACCACACGCGCCUGCAAAAUCGAAAUCUAAAUUAGGUGACAGGAAAAAAUCUGUAGUACCAGCUGUAUCCACAUCGCCAAUAUCUAAAACCCAGAAAAAUGCGGACAAGGCAAAGAAAACACAUCCCAUAGUUCCAAACCACAAAUCUAAAACUCCCUUAGUUAUGAGUGUUUCUGUAAAUUAUGAUAAAAGCAAACUACCUCGUAUGCCACAAAUGGAUCGGAAAGCUUAUAUGGACGCGAAAAAAAUAGCAAAAUACCGUGAAAUUAUAGAAGAACUUAGAGCUUACGAUGACUUAGGAGAAUUGAAGCUUCCUCGAAAGACCAAUAGGGCUUCAAACACGCCGAGGAAGAAGCUGUCUCCCUUCACCAUGCAGGGUUUUAUCGACUACGAGAGGAAGAUGCAAUCAUUAACGGACAGAUCUUUUGGAUUACGGACAUCUACCAUUUCCUCCACAUUUGAAUCGAAAUAUCAAAUGUAG